ACAUGAAGAGAGUAAACUCGGACUUAACUCUUCUAAAAGAUAUUUUUCUUUACGAUCUUGACAAGUCUUCAUCGGAUCCGAGAGUUGUUCUGCUGUUCCCGCUUCAUUAAGGUUGUGCAGACGCCAGAAGAAACAAAGACAGAAAAUAGAGAGUCUUCAUCAUGGUGCUCAUGAAUCUCCCAGUAAUUGGAGCGGUGUCAGUUUCUGAGAGUCUGGUGGCCAUGGUGACGAUAUGUCUGGCCUACUUGAUCCUCAAAUGUUUCAACGACAAGAUCCCCGAGGGUCUUCGUCGUCUUCCCGGCCCGAAACCUCUUCCGAUAAUCGGGAAUGUUCUGGAAGUGGGAAGCCGACCUUAUCUGAGUCUCACGGCCAUGAGCAAACGCUACGGAGAAGUGUUCCAGAUCCAGAUCGGGAUGCGACCCGUCGUGGUUCUGAGUGGAAGCGACACCAUUCGCCAGGCUCUCAUCAAACAAGGGGACGAUUUUGCAGGAAGACCAGAUUUGCCCAGCUUCCGGCUCAUAAACGACGGAAAGAGUCUUGCGUUCAGUACGGAUCAAGCUGGAGUUUGGCGUGCCCGAAGGAAACUAGCGUACAGUGCUCUGAGAUCUUUCUCCAAGCUUGAAGGGACGACCCCAGAGUACUCGUGCAUGCUGGAGGAACACAUCUGCAAAGAGGGCGAGCACCUGAUCAAACAGCUGAACACCGUCAUGCAGGCGGACGGCCGCUUCGAUCCUUUCCGACACAUCGUGGUUUCCGUCGCAAACGUGAUCUGCGGGAUGUGCUUCGGACGGAGAUACCACCACGACGACGAGGAGCUGCUGAGUUUGGUGAACCUCAGCGAUGAGUUCGGACGGGUGGUGGGCAGCGGAAACCCCGGGGACUUUAUCCCCGCUCUGAGGUUCCUGCCGAGCACCACCAUGAAGAAUUUCAUGAAGAUCAACGCCCGAUUCAACGCGUUCAUUCAGAAGAUCGUCACCGAGCAUUACACCACUUACGACAAG